AUGAAGAGGUAUACCCGGUUCAACGAUCUCAAGAAAGUCAACCCUGAUCUGAAGACUCUGUUGGCUAUUGGAGGCUGGAACGCCGGAAGUAACGUGUUCUCGAACCUCGUUGCGGAUCCCACCAAGAGGACUCAGUUCGCCGUGCACUCUGUGUCGUUCUUGAGACAGUGGGGAUUCGACGGCCUCGACCUCGACUGGGAAUAUCCAGCCAACAGGGGAGGCCUGCCCGCGGACAAGGUCAACUUCAUCAGCUGGAUCAAGGACAUUCUUGCCGAGUUCAAUGCCGAGGCGGUUCUGUCGGGAAAGCAUCGUCUUCUUCUUACCGCCGCGGUCUCCGCCGGAAAGACGACCAUCGAUUCAGCCUACAACAUCCCGGAAAUGGCGAGAUACCUGGACUUCAUCAACCUGAUGUCGUAUGACUUGCACGGCGGUUGGGAGGCGUUCACGGGCCACAACGCUCCCUUGUACGCCCGGGCGGCCGAGAGCGGCGAGCAGACGCAACUUAACGUGGACUGGGCGGCCCGCUAUUGGGUUCAGCAAGGUUGCCCGAAGUCCAAGCUCAUCAUCGGCCUGCCAACCUACGGGCGCUCCUUCCAGCUUAGCAACCAGGCCUCUAACGGCAUGGGAGCCCCCGCCAGCGGCGAAGGUCCGCCCGGAUAUAUCAUCAAUGUAAACGGCUACCUCGCCUACUACGAGGUGUGCACUAUGCUGGAAAAUGGCGCAGUGCGUCACUUUCAUUCGGAACACCUCGUACCAUACGCCGUGCAGGGAAGUGUGUGGGUAGGCUAUGAUGACACACAGAGCUUCAUGAUUAAGCUCGAGUACAUCCGGGACCAAGGAUAUGGUGGCGCCAUGGUCUGGAAUAUUGACCUGGACGACUUCGGGAAGAACUGCCGCUCUUCCAGUCGCCAGUAUCCGCUGAUGUCCCUAAUGAAGGAGGUACUUGACGGCAACACUACUCAAUCUACCGCGGUUCCAACUACACUGAAACCGACAACAAACGUACCCACGACACAGAAACCCACGACAAAUGUGCCCACGACGACAAAACCCACAACCAACGCCCAAGCAUCAAAAGCGCUGAUUGCAGAUGACCGGAAGCGCGUGUGUUAUUACUCCAACUGGUCCCAGUACCACCCCGGUAUCGGAAAGUUUCUGCCGGAAAAUAUACCCCCGUUCCUGUGCACGCAUCUUGUCUACUCGUUCGCCCAGCUCACCAACAACAAGAUUGCAACGAUUGAGUGGAAUGAUGAACAACUGUAUACCCGGUUCAACGAUCUCAAGAAAGUCAACCCUGAUCUUAAGACUCUGUUGGCUAUUGGAGGCUGGAACGCCGGAAGUACCGUGUUCUCGAACCUCGUUGCGGAUCCCACCAAGAGGACACAGUUCGCCGUGCACGCUGUGUCGUUCUUGAGACAGUGGGGAUUCGACGGCCUCGACCUCGACUGGGAAUAUCCAGCCAACAGGGGAGGCCUGCCCGCGGACAAGGUCAACUUCAUCAGCUGGAUCAAGGACAUUCUCGCCGAGUUCACUGCCGAGGCGGUUCUGUCGGGAAAGCAUCGUCUUCUUCUUACCGCCGCGGUCUCCGCCGGAAAGACGACCAUCGAUUCAGCCUACAACAUCCCGGAAAUGGCGAGAUACCUGGACUUCAUCAACCUGAUGUCGUAUGACUUGCACGGCGGCUGGGAGGCGUUCACGGGCCACAACGCUCCCUUGUACGCCCGGGCGGCCGAGAGCCAAGACUGGGCGGCCCGCUACUGGGUUCAGCAAGGUUGCCCGAAGUCCAAGCUCAUUAUCGGCCUGCCAACCUACGGGCGCUCCUUCCAGCUUAGCAACCAGGCCUCUUACGGCAUGGGAGCCCCCGCCAGCGGCGAAGGUCCGCCCGGAUAUAUCAUGAAUGAAAACGGCUACCUCGCCUACUACGAGGUGUGCACUAUGCUGGAAAAUGGCGCAGUGCGUCACUUUCAUUCGGAACACCUCGUACCAUACGCCGUGCAGGGAAGUGUGUGGGUAGGCUAUGAGGACACACAGAGCUUCAUGAUCAAGCUCGAGUACAUCCGGGACCAAGGAUAUGGUGGCGCCAUGGUCUGGAAUAUUGACCUGGACGACUUCGGGAAGAACUGCCGCUCUUCCAGUCGCCAGUAUCCGCUGAUGUCCCUAAUGAAGGAGGUACUUGACGGCAACACUACUCAAUCUACCGCGGUUCCAACUACACUGAAACCGACAACAAACGUACCCACAACAAAGGCGCCAACGACGAUUAAACCCACGACAAAGGCGCCAACGACGAUUAAACCCACAACAAAGGCGCCAAAGACGAUUAAACCCACGACAAAGGCGCCAACGACGAUUAAACCCACGACAAAGGCGCCAACGACGAUUAAACCCACGACAAAGGCGCCAAAGACGAUUAAACCCACGACAAAGGCGCCAACGACGAUUAAACCCACGACAAAGGCGCCAACGACGAUUAAACCCACAACAAAGGCGCCAAAGACGAUUAAACCCACGACAAAGGCGCCAACGACGAUUAAACCCACAACAAAGGCGCCAAAGACGAUUAAACCCACAACAAAGGCGCCAACGACGAUUAAACCCACGACAAAGGCGCCAACGACGAUUAAACCCACGACAAAGGCGCCAACGACGAUUAAACCCACAACAAAGGCGCCAAAGACGAUUAAACCCACGACAAAGGCGCCAACGACGAUUAAACCCACGACAAAGGCGCCAACGACGAUUAAACCCACAACAAAGGCGCCAAAGACGAUUAAACCCACGACAAAGGCGCCAACGACGAUUAAACCCACGACAAAGGCGCCAACGACGAUUAAACCCACAACAAAGGCGCCAAAGACGAUUAAACCCACAACAAAGGCGCCAACGACGAUUAAACCCACGACAAAGGCGCCAACGACGAUUUAACCCACAACAAAGGCGCCAAAGACGAUUAAACCCACGACAAAGGCGCCAACGACGAUUAAACCCACGACAAAGGCGCCAACGACGAUAAAACUCACGACCCAAGUGCCAACGACGAUUAAACCCACGACGCUAGUUCCCACGACGCUGAAACCCACGACGCAAGUGCCCACGACACAGAAACCUACAACGCAAGUUCCCACGACGCAGAUUGAUACGUCGUCCUUCUGCAUAAACAAGAUCGACGGUAAUUAUGCGAACCCGAAUGACUGUGCUCAGUACGUCAUUUGCACUCAUCAGAAAGCCGCCCUGCACUCAUGUGCGACUGGCACGCUAUGGAAAGACGAUCCUGGCCAGUGUGACUGGCCGAACAAUGUUGACUGCGGAUCCCGACCAAAAAGCGCUCGAUGACGACAAUCAGGACGACAGCUGUGCUGGAGCUGAGGACGGGUUUUACCCAUCACAAUCUUGUUGCCCUGAGUGAUACCAGUGUCAUGGCAACGCGCAAUUCCCAACCAGCUACAGGAACUUCAAUAAUAUUAACCGCUACAUCUUUUUCAAAAGCACACACACAUGCUGUUACACUUUUUGUUACAAUAUAUUAUUAUAUUAUAUUAUUUUUAUUGUCAGGGAUGCAACGGGUAGCAAAUUUCUGUCGGGUUGGUUAUCGUUAGUCGAAUCGAAUAUUUUCGGGUCGGGUCGGAUAUUUAUAUAAAUACAAAUGUACAUCAGUUUUCGCCUAUAUGUAACAAUUAUAAAAAAUACUGGCAAUACAAAGCAUACGAUCAUUGAGGACGAACGAGUUAUUUCCGCUAAGACUUGCAAAAAAGACUAUUAAUAAAUUGCUGCCCACAAGAUAUACUGUUAUUUUUUACAUCGUUAAGUGUUAAUUGAAAGUGGAAAACUCCAUUAUACUCUAUCAACUCAAAACCUAAGGUCAUUCGCCAUUUAGUUUGUUUUGACAGGAAAUAAGCUCUUGUUUUCCGGUGUUAACUUUAUACAAAUAAAACAUUAAAGAAACAUUAAUGAAAUUAAUUAAUAACUGUGUUCUAUAACUAGAUUUUAGUAGAAAACAUGCAAUACAUGUCAUUGCAAACAAAUAUGUCGAAUGUUUUGUUACUACGUGUACAUAGCUGUCGUUAAAACGCAAUUGAAAAAUUAUUUACGGCAAUCCGUUACUGACAAAAAAUUUCAAACGAUUGUAUUUCUUUUAAUGUGAUUAAACAUUUAUAAGAAUAAGCGUUAUGUGGCAUGACAAUCUUUACAAUUAGCAGUAGUUUGAAAUACUCGACUCAAACCGGAUUUUCCGAUGAGAAACCGAAAACGAGUUAAUUAUAACUGAACGGUCAACGUGGGCAUUUUUGUGACCGAUUGCAUCCCUGUUAAUAAUGUGUCACACAAACAUCCACAUUCAAAACUGUAUAAUUCCAUUGACAAUCCAGGUUGUAAAAAUAAAAUCAAUUAGAACAACACUAAUUUGAAAUGUUAUAAAACCAGUUUCAUCAAAAUGACAUUUUAGAAGGCUAUAUCCUUAGAUUGGCCAAUAUUUAGCUAUUUAAUUUGUGUUUACUUUGACUGAAUUGUUAUCGUGACAUUUUCAGUUCUUCGUAUUCUUAGUCAAAAACCGAAGUUGGUCUGAAUAAAAUCUAAAGUACAGAGCAAGAUAAUACAUUAAAAACGUGUUUACAUUUACGUUGAUUUUAAUGUUGUUUUUUUGUAAUGUGCAAUUGUCGAAAUAAAAGAGUUUGCAAUUAUAUUUUUCAAUAACACGCGCCAAAUUUUCAAUUCAAUUUUUUUGUGAAUAAAUAUAUGCGUUGCAUUUAGAAUAAUAUAAAUAAUAAAGAUACCUAAGAAAAACAACUUAUUAUGCAUUAUGAUCUUAGUUGAAUGUGCUUUUGGUUUUACCGGUACAGUAAAAGUAAAAUUAAUCCGUUAACUUAAUAUUUAAAUAUAUAUUAUUACAUCGACAUUAUACAAGUAUAUAAAAAACCUUGUUAGAAAUUAUUCAUAUAUAGUAUAUACAGUGUUUUCUUUUUCUUUUAUUUUUUCCGAAUUUGAAUUUGAAACAUGUGUUGUAUGUAAAUGUUGGAUUACUACUUCUAUUGCUAUACACACCCUACAUGUACGUGUUUAUGAUUUGCUAUGUAUGUUGCACGAUUUUACAUGAAUUGUAUAUGAAUGUAUUUAUUACUAUAUGGCAAAAAUAAAAUGUAUGCACAUU